AUGUAAUUCACCUAUUAAUUGGGACUAAGUGCAGGCUUGUUCUACCUUUCACAGAUUCUGGUUACUCAUUCUAAGGAGUGUAAUCGACCAAAUUGUUUUUGCACAUAAAACUUUUAAUUCACUUAAGAGUAAACAUGGAAAUAGCCAGAUCAAGUUUUGAAACAAAAUCUUAAUUAAGUUCUUGGAGAAAUCUUAAGAUUGUACAACAUGCCAUAUCUUGAAAAUUCCCAAGAAUAUGUAAAGACAUUCUUAUAUAUCUAAGUUAUUAUUAUUGAGUAGAAUUGAAACUCAAUAUGGCAAUGACAAGUUGUUUGAAACUCUUUUGAGAAGCCAAAAGCUCAGCUCAACCAAAUUUUAUGGCUACACUGUGUUACCACAUCACUUUCGAAUCCAAGGUCAUAGAGAAAUGUUUUAUGAGAAAUUGCUUGAGAAAAUUGAAGGAGUACGAAUCAACAGUUAGAUUUAUUUUAAUUAUUGCAAUUUGGUCGAUCAAUUAGGCUCGUCGAUUAUUAAAUUACUAAAUUAAAGGUAAUAAAUUUUUGUAUUCUUGACUCUACAAUAUCAGAACCCACUCUAUUACUUAUAUCAUAAUAAGAUGUACUCUUACAUUAAACUUGUCUAAAAAUCAGAAAUUCUAUUGCAGGAUAUUCUGAGACUGAAUCCCCAUUCACUGGUGACUAAGAAUUUAUCUUAUGCUUUAUACUCUUUGGUCACUUUUCAAUAAGAAAAAUUGAAGCAAAUAACAUCCUAAUUGGUUUUAUAAAAUUUUAAAAUUGACAACCUAUGGAACACCUUAAACGAUAUGCAAUGCUGCUAUGUUUAAUGUAAAUACGACAAUGGAUUGAUCAUGCUAAAUCAUUCGAUUCUAUUUCCCAAAUUGAUGGAAGGUAUCAUUUUAAUUGAAUUUAAGAAACCGAAAUAAAAUCUGACUUAGUGGGUCAUUACAUAGAUAGGAUAUUGCCAAGUCCAGUUAGGGAGGUUCACUAGUAGUUUCUAAGAAGGUUGAUUGAAGAAGGGAAGCCGAGAUUGCUGAAUAAUGGGAUUCAGUAAUUUUACAUCACCACAAACAAAGGGUUUAUGAAAGAAAUUGAUAGUCUAGUUAGGUUGGGUCAGAGUAUGGAAUACCUAACAUUUAUGACAAUCAUGGGUUACAAGUAGGAGGAUAAUUGUGGGAAGAUCUUAUUGAGUUCGAAAGGCACUGUAUAUUCUUACUCGGAAUAGGCAGUAAAUUUACUUCAGUUGAAUAGAAUUUUGAAAUUGGAUCAUAAGAUUAAUUUAAAUUUUAAGAUUUGCAUACCCAUUUCUAGCAAUAUUAAUGAAUUGUGCAAUGGAUUUAUAAUUAUACCAAAGGUAAAUUUAAUGUAAUCAGAUUCAACCUUUAAAAAAAUACAAUCAAGUAACAUCAAUUAAGUUUCGUUUUAUAAGUAUUUUCUCAAACAUCCUAAAUAAUGCAGUGUAUUCAUUUCAAUUUAUAAAUUUUGUAAUUCAGCCUAUGAUGAUAACAAAUUAUAAUAUGAAACACUUUACAUUUUCCAGUCCAAUGAAAUAAAGGAUCUAGAAUUAAAAAUGAUAGCAUUAGAAUUGAUGUUUAAAUAAGUGAUGAUUUUGCAUAACAUAUAAUCUGAUACGUAUCAGACCAGUUACACUUCAUUUAAAUCAGUUAUACCUGAAACCUAUCAAAUUACUAAUAGUGGUAAGACUCAAUCUUAUUAGGAUGAAAUGAAUGAUAACAAUUUUGCUAUUAGCAAUGAAUCGAUACACAUUUAAUAGGAUCCCCUUAGUAUCUCGCUUCAUUAAUUUUUCAAAUAAGAAUCGAAUGAACAAAAAGUAAUAGUUAAUUAGAAUAAUCAUUCUUCCAUCAUUGCAAAUUCUUUUCAAACCUAAGAUUUACUGAUCUCCCAACUCAGAAUUAAUGACGAAUUAAGCAAUAGAGAUAGUAGAAGAGAGCAUCUGUAACUGAUUUAAACACAUCAACAUAGUGUUGAGAUACAACCCCAUUAGCAUUUGGGUGUAAGGGACGAAGACGAUGUAGAAUCACCAGAAGAAUUGAAAGUAGAAUUGGAACUUUAAGUUUCAAUUAAAGAUCUAACUGAUCAAUAGAUGAAGGAACAAAUAGAGUGGAUAAAAUCAUAAGUUAGAGUGAAUAAAUAGUAAUUUCAAAAUAAGCAGUAACAUUUUGUACCGACUGCCUUAAAAAAGCGAUCUAAUCAUAAAUUAACACUCGAAUAAUAACCAUCAACUUCUAUCAAGAGUACAGACUCUUAAAAAGGUCUUAUAAAUCACAUAAUCAAUGGGAUGAUUCAGUCUAAUCCUCAUCAGUUUUAUAGUAUUUUAGUGGUUGCAUUUAUAUAUGCAAUAAUUUUAGUUAUCCUAGUGUUAUUAAGCAUCGUUGCAAUUAACAAUGAG